AUGUCGGACCCCUUCAAGUCGCCAACAAAGGACCUGUACACUGCGUUGAGUGCUGCUGACACUCGCCUCAUCCUCUACGGAAGUAUUUGUUAUGAGGGAUCUAAGCUGGAUACCGAAAAACUCGCCCUCCUUGCAGGCAUGAAGCCAAUCUCCGCAGGCAGCAACUACUUGCGUGCCCGGCGUCGUCUCGAGAAAAUCGUCGGUGGACAUAGCUCGGAUGCAUCUUUACCCCCCACGAAGACCAAGAGUCGUGCCCCCGCAAAGCGACGGGCCACCAAAAAGGCUUCCAAGGUCACUGCUGCCGAGAACAACGAUGAUACUGAAGUCAGGUCUGAGAACUCUGAGAAUCUUCUGACCACCACUUCUCCCAAGCGCCGCAAGAUCGCUACCCCCGACGACAACACGGACGCCGAAGUCACCUCUCCUGCCCCCAAGCGCCCCAAGACCGAUAUCCACGACGAAUACUACUCUCCCAACGAAGAAGUUACCCCUGUUCUUGAGCGCUGCAAGACCGCUAUCCUCGCCGACGAGUACUUUGAGGCCGACGUGACCAUCAAAGAUGAAUACUCUAGCGAGUGA